CCACUCCAAUAAUCGUGUCUCUAGCCAAGGGAAACUCCCCACCCUGCUGGUCUCUUAGUGCCUUCUCUCUGUCCAAAAGGGAAGAAAGACCAUGGAACCCCUCUGUCAGGCUGGGUCCAUUCUCAUGAAGGUGAAUACCUUACAAGGGAAGAAGAUGGUGGAGAGCGGCCUCCAGUCUGGAGACUUUUCCCUCCCCCAGUCCUGCCUCCUGCCGCUGGCUGACCUGGAGAUCCUGCAGCAGAAGGUGGCCGGCAUGCAACGGGAGCUGGAGGACUUUAAGAAUGAGGCGUUGAAGGCCAUCCAUCACCUGGAAGGUGCCUUCUGCGAGAUGAAUGGGGCUCUGGCACAGCAGGAGGAGCAGGCGGCCCGCGUGAAGCAGCGGCUGAGGGAGGAGGAAGACCGCGGCGUCGUCCGAAAUAAAGUCCUCACCUUCCUGCUGCCCCGGGAGAAGCAACUCCGCGAGCACUGCAAACGGCUGGAGGGCAUGCUGCUGGGCAGGGGCCGAGAGGCGCUGGGCAUCCCCAGGAAGAUCCAGGCCAACUGAGGCCUCCUCGAGCAGAAGCCAAGCUUCUAGCCCAGCCGCCAAGUAGAUUGUUUUUAAUGGAAGGACAAACCCUAAGUCCCUCCGCGUUGGCUUCCCUUUCCCCAUUUCCAUUGCUUUCUUUGUCCCUAAAUAACACUUUGCUUGCUGAGAGGCGAAAAGACCCCAGUAUGUUCUUUGGGUGAAGCUCCACUUAUGUGGCACCAUCAAAGAAGGAGGCACCCCAAUAGUCUUUCAGAUGCCUGUAACUUCCACCUUUAACUGUUUUCCUGUUUGUGGUGGUAAUAGUGCUCAAAUGUAUAACAUGGUUUUUUUUGUCUU